UUACCAUCAUCCACUUGAGUUUCAUAACACCAAACCAAAACUCACCACCAACAAAAUCCUCUUCCUAAAACCCUAUACCCUAUACAAUACAACAUUUUACAUUUUUCAUUGUAGAACAAAAUUCCAAUGAAUGUUACUCGUUCUGCUCUGAAGCUCCAUCUUCAAACCUCACCAAUUCGCUACCAAUUCUUCUUCUCACGCUUCAACAAUGCUCUUCGCAAUCCCACUUCGUCUUCUUCUCUGUUCAAUUUCAAAGCAAAGCGCUUCUUUUCUGUAACCCUUCCACGCCAAACGCAGAAGCAACCCUUUGUUGGAACCGCCGUUUCAUCAACUUCGUCGGAAGAUUUCAAAGGCCGUGACACUUUCUUUGCUGAAGAUAACGUUUCGUGGAGUUCACUUGGCUUAUCUGAUACAAUCUCUGGUGCUCUCUCUAGUAUUGGUCUUAAAACACCUUCUCUUGUUCAGGCUUCUUCUAUACCACCUGUUUUGUCAGGGAAGGAUGUAGUUAUUGCCGCGGAGACCGGAAGUGGCAAGACAUACAGUUAUCUACUUCCUCUCAUUGAUAAGCUGAGGGACGCACAGGAACAAUCUUUGGAUGUUGUAUCUGACAAAGAAGUCUAUCCACCGGCUGGGAAUAUUCUACUUGUGCUUUGUCCAAAUGUGCAACUGUGCGAGCAGGUAGUUAAGAUGGCUAAUAGUCUCUGUAGCGACAAUGGUGGAACCAUUGUUAAUGCGGCGUCCAUUUGUGGAAGACAGGGAUGGCCGAUUCGGGAACCUGAUAUCAUUGUGACAACACCUGCUGCUCUUCUCAAUCAUGUUGACGUUGAUAGAAGGCGGCGCAUGGAAUUUAUGCGCGGUGUCAAAUAUGUGGUGUUUGAUGAAGCUGAUAUGCUUCUUUGUGGAAGCUUCCAGAAUAAAGUAAUCCGCCUCAUUCAAUUACUCCGCUAUGAUGAAAAACUCUUGUCUCGAUCAAAAACACCAGUAUCAGAGUUGGCAACGAAGCUGGAGGAAUCUUCUUUGUCGACGGACGAUGCUUUGGAUUUGGAAGGUGAAGAUGAACUUCCACCUGAAGCCAUCUCAGACGAAGAUGAUGAUGAUAAAGAGGAUAUUGUCAUUAUUAAUGACGAAGCUGAAUCUGUUAAGAAAACAAGAAGAGAGUGGAGGAGAGUGAGGAAACAUUAUGAGCGUAGUAAACAGUAUGUUUUUGUUGCAGCUACACUUCCAGUGAAUGGAAAGAAAACAGCUGGUGCAUUAUUAAAACACAUGUUUUCUGAUGCUGAGUGGGUUAGUGGAAACUAUCUUCAUCGUCACAAUCCAAGAUUGAAGCAAAGAUGGAUAGAAGUGAGCGUUGAUACACAGGUGAAAGAACUCAUAAAUGCUGUGAAUCACGGUUUAGAAUCUGAAGAUUUGGAUACUGAUGGUGGCAUUCAUAGAACAAUGGUGUUUGCCAACACUGUUGAGGCUGCUGAAGCUGUGGCAAAGAUAUUGAACUAUACUGGGCUUGAAUGUUUACGUUAUCAUAAGAAUUGCACAUUGGAAGAGCGAGCACAGACAUUAGUUGAUUUCCACGAGAAAGGUGGUGUUCUUGUAUGUACUGAUGCAGCUGCUCGUGGUGUGGAUAUUCCAAAUGUCUUGCAUGUUAUUCAGGCGGAUUUUGCUACUUCUGCUGUAGACUUUUUGCAUAGGAUCGGUCGUACAGCUAGAGCUGGUCAAAACGGACUAGUUACUAGCAUGUACACCGAGUCCAACAGGGAGCUUGUACAGGCAGUUCGUCAAGCAGGGGAACUCGGUCUACCUGUGGAGACCGCAUUUAGCAGGAAAAGAAGCUUCCGUAACAAGCUUAAAAAGAAAGCAAAUGCUGACAAAGUUAGAGAUUCAGCAGCCAUUGAAAAGAGUGUUCCAGCUUGAGAGAACACAAGGCCGUUGCACGAAAGUCAGAAAAUGGCACAGGUGCAGCAACAUAACAUAUAUUGAUUCCUAACAUUUUAUGGGGAUUGUGUAAGUUAUAGAUAUCAUUGUUACAUUUUUGUUUCCAUCAUUUUCCAAAUAGAUAGUGUGAUCAUAAGUAACUGAUAAAUUUUUCUCUUCCCUUGUGUAAAUUAUUACGAAAAUUAUACUAUUCUCCAUCUUAUCUCUUCAUUACUUAUGAUUAUAACUCAAUGUAAGAGGCAAGACCAUCUAAUGACA